CAGGCCGUGGCAUCGAAGCCCAGGAGGAGGAAUAGCCCUGGCCCGGGCCUCCUUGGGGAGCGUUCGAGUCUCGGCUCCGCCACAUGUCUGCUGUGUGACCUUGGCACCCGGUGGAGUCAGCCAGUAUCUCAAAGAGGAAUUCACUCUCCACCCGAGGAACUACUCCCUAGGGCUGGAAGGGCAGCCAGGAGGAACUGAAGUUCUAUAAACACCAAGGACGGCAAUGUCUACUGUGUCCGGCAGAUCAGGAAGAGAUGAGUCCCUGUACUCCCACCAAAGACACCCAAUGUCACUGCAAGGCUGGCACUUUCUGCCCACGUGACCAUCCCCGUGAGGUGUGCAUGAAGUGCAAAACCAGGUGCCCUGAAGGCACGGUGAUGGUCAGCUCCUGCCAGCCCUGGAGCGAUCUGCAGUGUGCCGCUUCCACAAGCACAGGCACAACACUUCACUGGAUCUUAAGUGUCUUCUUGUUGUUUCUACUGUUGGCCUCUGGAAUUGCCCUUUGGAAGUUCUGUCUGCAUAAUCCACCCUCUGGAGUGAGUCACCUGGGCACCAGGAAACUUCUUUCCAACCUCAGGGACUGUUUACCCUUGUUCGUGGCUCCAUGCGGCCAGAGGCCCGGGGACAGGGACAGUGAGCACAACCAGGAGGUUCUGAGCAGUCGAGAAGUCCAAAGGGCCCUGCUGCAGCCUCAGCCCAGAACUUCAGACAGAGAGGAGUCUCUUAUGGAGCAGAAAGAAGCCGUGGCCCCUCAGCCCAAAAGCAGAAGGAUUCUGGUUCCAGCCAUUUGAGUCAGCCAAAUGGAGACUCUGGAGAAGGCCUUGCCCCACCUUGAACAGAAGGUACCCUGGAAGUCCUGGAACGGCUAUAUGAUCCGACUUGGCCUGAGCCAGAAUGAGAUCGACUUGGCCCGAGACAGAGAGAAGUACCCCAAGGACCAGCCCCAUAGCCUGCUGAGAACCUGGCAGAUGAAGAUGGGGAUGGACGCCUCCAUCAACACCAUGCUGGAGACCCUGGACGAGAUGCACCUGAAGCUGAUCUGGGAGACCAUCCAGGACUCGCUCAUCACCUCCAAGUUAUAUGUCUUUGCGAGUUGUGAAGCUGAGAUGCCAGGCUCCGGGAACAGUGGCUCUGUGCUAGAAUCCUCUAUGGCAAUUAAGGUGCCUGGGUGAUUGAUCCCCUUGCUCCCUGGCUAGUUUGUCCAGGAGCCCGGGCCUGGGAUGGGCAGUAGAUGGUACCCCUGACCAAGAUACCCAAGGGGCCUUCCCCACUGGGGAGUAUAUUGGCAGGCUUUGGGUGCUCAUAUUUCACACCCAAACAUGAGUUUCACUGUGAGCGGUAUCUCUUCGUCAAAUCUGGACAACUCUGUAUGAAUGUAGGAGCAGGUAUGGUAAAGCACAAGGACUCUUGGACUCUCAAGUCCUCAGUCGAUUUGCCAUAGGGGACGUGUUUAGCCCACCUAGGAAAUAAUAACAUCACCUACCUCAAGGAGCAUCGGAGGGUCCCUUAUUUGUUCUCGGGUGCCCCAGUCUCCACUGGGAAGAUGAGCAUCGCGGAGGCCAUUGUUCAGCAUGUCUGCUGCUGGGGCGGUGGGGUUGCGGUCUGAAGAAUCAUCAUGGGCCCUCAGAGCUUCACGGCUGGGAUUUUAGGAGCGGCUUUCUCUUGGGCCCAGCUGUCCAUUGUUUCCGGACUGUCGGCCACCCGAGUAGAUCUGCGCUCUCAGGGGCAGGGUGUGCCAAGCUUUCCAGUGUUGCUCUUGGCCGAGGGGCUCCCAAGCCCCUUUCUAGGGCCGAGGGGGUAGGGACGUGAGGCCCAUGUGCUCAGGUCUUUUAACUUUAGGUCAGUGACCUCUUAGAAAAAUUUUAUAUUUUUUAAGUAUUUAUGUAUUUUAUUUGAAAUCCAUGAAGAAGUUGUGGGAAAUGAACUCCAGGUCAUUGCUCCUCCUGAACCUAGCGACCUGUCUGUGCUCACCUUUGCUCUCCUGACCUGGCCAGGCUCUCUGCCCUUUCCUCAGUCCCCGUGGAACUUCCCUUUUCGUCCUUCCCACUCCCCCCAACCCCUUCUUGGCCUUCCAGCUCAGGAUCCUAUUGAAAGCAAGAUGGGGGGCCGGGAGCUAGUGAUUCAGGCCAAAGGAGACCCCACACUGCUGCUAUUCUCCCUAGAGUGGAAUGGCUGGGUUUUGGGAGUUCAGAAGUACACUGUAUACAGUCAAUACUCAAUAAAUACCAUGUAUUGAACGACUGCUGUGAAGUUCUACAUGGGGGUGGCUGUGCUGCUGGGACUGCCCUGGUGGCUACUGGGCCUUGGUUAAUCUGGUUCUGUUCCAGCCUCUUCUCCCCCACCCACAUUUUGGCCUUUUCAAUGCUUCAAAGUUUCCCUUUUCCCACCCUCCAGCCCCUUCUUGUUGGCCUUCCCGCACCCACCCAUCUUUGCUCUUCUC